CAAGCUAGAUGGUAGUUUUAGGAUAAUGGGUAGGAUGGGAUCUUCCGACAGUGGACCUCAAGACUUUGAAACUAGAAUUAGCCGAAAGAAGGCUACUGAACCGUGCAGAGGGUCUAUAACAAUUUCAAGAUGCCUUAACCUGCUAGGUGUGACCCCAACUUUCUUUCCACUGUAUGUGUCACCAAGGUGAGGGCUGAAGCAGCUCAAAUGCUCCAUGAGCAGGAGGAAGCUGUGGGAUGUUGGGGAGGGUCCCCACAAAGACUGGAGCAUCGUCAGCACCAUCGGAAACCACAGGAAACCAGGCUGUGCAGCCAUGUUCUGGGCGCCCUGACUAGACGGAAGCCCAUGGGGAGCCCCACGCUGGCAGCCCUGCUCCUGUCUCUCCGCCUGCUGCUCAUAGGCCUCUCUGCCUCCGCUGGGAUUGGCUGCCCCUGUCUGCCCUGCUGGAACACCCGCUGUCUGCUGGCCUCCCACAUGGAUGACAGUUUUGCUGGAAGGUCUGCCCAUAUUCCUUGCCAUACCCGGUUUGCCCUCCCCAGCUCCCCAAAGCCUUGGUGUGCUCGGCUCUGGCACUGCCCCUACUGUGUGUGCCUGCAGCUGGCGUCAGUUCCUUCAGGCCCUCAGCGGGACAGAUUCCACCGCCUGGUGCAGAAGUCCAGAAAGUCUUACACGUUCCAGUUCUGUAGGAGACACACGAGGCCAGCGUCUGCUCAGAGGAAGCUGCUGAGUAGCUGUUGCCUGUCUGAGAAGGGCCAUCACAUAUCCGUCCCCUCCCCAGACAGCUCCCACAAGGGGCAACGCUCUAAAAGGACCCAACCAUCAGAUCCAUGGGCAGUGGAAGAGCUCCCAAGACAGGGCUCACAAAAGCACAAAGGGCCGGAGUUCUCCUUCGACUUGCUGCCUGAGGCACGUGCUAUUCGCGUGAGCGUUCCCCCAGGCCAUGAGGUCAGCGUGCGUCUUUGUCACCAGUGGGCACUAGAGUGCGAAGACCUGAGCAGUCCCUUUGAUGUCCAGAAAAUUGUGUCUUGGGGCCACACUGUCGACCUGCCUUAUGAAUUCCUUCUACCAUGUCUAUGCAUAGAGGCAUCCUACCUGCAAGAGGACACCGUGAGGCGCAAAAAAUGUCCCUUCCAGAGCUGGCCGGAAGCCUAUGGCUCGGACUUCUGGAAGUCAGUGCACUUUACUGACCACAGCCAGCACAGUCAGAUGGUCAUGGCCCUGACACUCCGCUGCCCACUGAAGCUGGAGGCCUCCCUCUGCCAGAGGCAGGGCUGGCACACCCUCUGCGAAGACCUCCCCAAUGCCACAGCUCAGGAGUCAGACGGGUGGUACGUUUUGGAGAAAGUGGACUUGCACCCCCAGCUCUGCUUCAAGUUCUCUUUUAGAAACAGCAGCCACGUUGAAUGUCCCCACCAGACUGCCCCAUCCUGGAAUGUGAGCAUGGACACCCAGGCCCAGCAGCUGAUCCUUCACUUCUUCACGAGGAUGCACGCCACAUUCAGUGCUGCCUGGAGCCCCCCAGGCUUGGGGCAGGACAGCUGGGCGCCCCCAGUGUACAGCAUCAGCCAGACGCAGGGCUCAAGCCCCGUGACACUAGACCUCAUCAUUCCCUUCCUGCGGCCUGGGGGCUGUGUUCUGGUGUGGAGGUCAGAUGUCCGCUUUGCCUGGAAGCACCUCCUGUGUCCGGAUGUCUCUCAUAGACGCCUGGGACUCCUGGUCCUGGCCCUGCUGGCCCUCACCACCCUGCUGGGGAUUGUCCUGCUCCUCACCUGCCGGCGCUUGCUGUCAGGUAUAGUCACUCGCCCGGGCCGAGCGCGGCCGGUGCUGCUCCUGCACGCCGCCGACUCAGAGGCGCAGCGGCGCCUGGUGGGGGCGCUGGCUGAACUGCUGCGGAUCGCAUUGGGCGGCGGACGCGAUGUGAUCGUGGACCUAUGGGAGGGGACGCGCGUUGCACGCGUGGGCCCGCUGCCGUGGCUCUGGGCGGCACGGGCGCGCGUGGUGCGGGAGCGGGGCACGGUGCUACUGCUGUGGAGCCGCGCGGGCCCCGGCACCGCGCCUCUGCGCACUCUGCUCCGCGCCGCCCCGCGCCCGCUGCUGCUGCUUGCUUACUUCAGUCGCCUCUGCGUCAAGGGUGACAUCCCACCGUCGCUGCGCGCCCUGCCGCGCUACCGUCUGUUGCGCGACCUGCCUCGCUUGCUGCGGGCGCUGGACGCGGGGCCUUCCAUCGAAGCUACUGGCUGGGGCCGCCUCAGCCCCCCGCCGUGCCUACGGGGUCGCCUGGAGCUGUGUCGCCGUCUGGAACUCGAGGCAGCCAAACUUGCCCACUAAGGCUGAGCAGAGCUCCUCCGCAAGGCAGAUGUCUCAGCAGCAGGAGUAGGGGCACUGGCUGGCCCCCAGAAGGAGGCUUCUACCGUGGAAUCCUCGGGGUGUCUCCUGAAGACUACUGCCCGCAAAGCCUUAUUCCCUGCCUCCCAGGCGAGGGGCAGAGCAGCCGACUCACUCCCAGCCCUUCUGCACGUGUGUCCGGCUUCCUCGUGAUGCUUCCUGGCCUCUCAGAGGGAGGGAGUCUGUCUUUACUGAGAACUCUUCUGACCCCAGUACUGAUGAGAGGAGGGAGAUUUUCCCACUUCCUUUCUCCAAAAUUCCAGAAAGUACUGUGCACAUGCUCCAGUCCAGGCUGAAGAGAUUGGGACAGGGUUGGGGCAGGCAGGAGCUAUGGCAGUUCUGAAGGGGGGAGGCUCCAGGGAAGUGGGAGAAAAAGCCCCUUAGGGGCCAGGGAUCCCACUUUCUCAGACCCAGGCCUUGCCCAAUGGGGAAGGAGGGAGACUGUGGACCUAGAAGAAAAGGAUUUGGGAGAAUGGCCACAGCAAAGGUGGGACAAUGGAGACCAAGAUGGAGAAAGAUGAAUAAAGGAGAAUAUGAUGGAUAAACUAAGAAACACAAGUGCUUCUCUAGUGUGGCCAGGAUGCUGAGUUGGGGGAAGGGUCAGCACGACCCUGCCUGGGGGUUAUUAUCCAUCAGCUGGUGGCCCAAAUCCUCCAUGUCCACACCCACACCCCGUCUGUCACGGAAUGCCACGGGAAAGGCAAAGGAGAAUCUGGAAAUCUUGAUCCUCACGGUGAUUCUACAGGUUCAAAAAAGUGGUGUGUGUCCAUCAGCACAGCCAGCCCACGGCAAAAGCACAGAUGAGACCCCUGUCUGGCUGGCUCUGGGUCCUGGGUUCUUCCUCCCACCCCCACCACACUUGAGUAUACGAAGUGGUGAAAAGACUUAUCCCUGCCUUUAGAGCUCCUGACCCACAAACGGUCACUGAGGCCCAGGGAGUCUGUGUGAUGGCACCUGGGGUGCCCAGUAAGAGGGGACCCAGUGGGCACCAAGAUCCCAGGAUCAUGUGGGAA